AUGCUGGUACUGCCAACCCCUUGUCCCCACCCCCAGGCGCUUCUCUCCCUUGAGGCCAUGGAGGCCCCACCCCCUCGGACAGGCGGGUCCCCAGAGCCAGGGCCAUCCUCCACGGGAUCUCCCCAGACCUCUUCCCCGCUGCGCCCCAACCACUACCUGCUCAUUGACACCCAGGGCGUCCCCUACACCGUACUGGUGGACGAAGAUGCGCAGAGGGGGCGCGGGGCCGAGGGGUCUUCGGCCCAGAAAAAGUGCUAUAGCUGUCCCGUGUGUUCACGCGUCUUCGAGUACAUGUCUUACCUGCAGCGCCACAGCAUCACCCACUCGGAGGUGAAACCUUUCGAGUGUGACAUCUGCGGCAAGGCCUUCAAGCGGGCCAGCCACCUGACAAGGCAUCACUCCAUCCACCGGGAGGGGGGCGGGCGGCCGUACAGCUGCCCUGCCUGCCCGAGACGCUUUCGGGAGGCAGGCGAGCUGGCUCAGCACAGCCGGGUGCACUCGGGGGAGCGUCCGUUCCAGUGUCCGCACUGCCCGCGUCGCUUCAUGGAGCAGAAUACAUUGCAGAAGCACACCCGAUGGAAGCACUUGUGA